AAGUAAAAUCAAAAUUAAAAAUUAGCAAAUUUCUAAAUUUAUAGAAAUAAAAAGAAAUCAACAAAAUAAACAAACAAACAAUCAAACAAACAGAUCGAAUAAUAUAACAAUACUUGUUAAAAAAUAAGCUUAAAAGAUAAAAAAGCACUUUCAAAUAAAAUGUUUUAAACUCCAAAAAUGAAGUUAUUCAAUUUUGAGUAGUUUUAGUUUAUGCUUAAUUAAAUUUAAAUAACUUAGCUAAACGAAUCAACGUCUCCUAGCAGCAAAAAUAAUAUGAAAUAAAAUCCUUAUUAGAUUUUAAAUUAGAUUAUUGACAGGAGGUAGACAAAUGCAUAAUCUUCAAACUUAGAUCUCAACUCUUAUAACAGUUAAAAGUAAUUAUAAUAAUGCAGCGUAAGUUGUUAAUAAAAUUACUCUUCUCCUAAGAAUUAGUAGUAUAUUUUUUCGAAUACCACUUAGAAUAUAGGUUAAAAAGGAAAUGUUUAAUCCCUUAAAUAGUCUAAUAGCAACAAAUCUAUCGGAGCAUAUUCUUCAAGGUCUAAUUAGUAAGAUAGGUAGCAAAUUUUAUAAUAAAAUUUAGAACACAAAAAAAGCAUAAAAAUAAGCAAUAGCAACAGAAAUAAUGAUUUGGUUGGUACAGUUUUAAAUACUGCUCCUUGCUAUUCUACAGUUGAAGAAUGUAGCGAUCAUGUAAGGGAUCUGAAUAUUUCAUAUGAAGCAGCAGACGAGACUAUGUAAAUGAAAGAAUUAAGCUGCUCUAUUCAAGAUGAUUAAAUUGAAGAAGGCAUUGAGAAAUAAUAAAAAAACAAUAAUUAUAAUUUGAAUUUGAACAAUUACAACAAAAGCAAUUAAAGAUCUUCUUCUUUUGAUAGGAAGAUUAUAAGCAAGAAUUAAUUAAAUAGAAUAGAAGAUGAUAAAAAUAAUCCUACAAUAAUUUCAAGAUCAAAUUCAUAAAACUAACUGGACCCUCUUUUACAAAACUUGAAUGUCAAAAAAAUGUGUGAAGUUUAAAAGCAUUACUGCAAAAAAAGAAUCCGUGAAUUUAGAUAACCUUGCGAAGAUAUCGUCUAAUAUUAGGAGUUUAUAAAAAUGAUUAAUUAAAGAUGUAACAAAGAGAAUACUACUAACUUAAGCUCCAACCGCCGAAUCAAAACAGAACAUUCACAAAAUAGUUUAAAAUAAAAACCCCCAACAGCUUAGUAUUAAUUUAAUUAAAGUUAAAACUCGAUCAAUAGCCAUUAAAAUAUUUUAUCUAGCAACAGCACUUAGCCUUAGCAGAAUUUUGUAAGUAAUUGUAGUUAAACUUGCUAUAAUCAAUAUUAACCAUCAUUUUAAGGCUGUUAAUAUUAAAUCGCUUAAGAUUAAAUUGCUAACUGCAAUAUCUUAAAGCCUAAGCAAAAUAAUAACUAAAUUCUAAAUACCUAGAACGAAACUACAUAUAGUGAGUUGAAUUCAAAGAUAUUUAAAUUUAAAAAGAAAAAUUAGCCCUCUCUUUAAGAAAAUAUUUUAGCACAUUAAAUAUAAUAAUAACACUUUUCAUAAUUUAAUUCUAAUAAAGAAAAUAGUUUAUGUGACGUUACAAGCUAAAAAAGUGGAAUUAAAAUAAACACCAGCUACAAUUAAACCUAGAAAGUUAAUUAAAAUGCAUCAUUAAACAAUUAACUUUCUAUGCUUAUUGGAUCUCGUGAAAAUUCUAUUUCUAACUAUGAUAGUAGAAACAGCAAAAGCUACACAGCUAAUUAAAAAGUUUAGUAAAAGCAAGUUCCAUAAAAUGUGAUAUGCCCCGCUAUAAAAUAAGCAUAAUAAACUCAAUUAAAAAAUAUACCUCAAAAAAAUUAAUCUCCAUUUUACUCUAAAGGAUCUUAAUAAGAGAGAGAAUAAAAAAAUAUUAUGUUUAGAGAGUAGAGAACAAAUUCAAAUGUAUCUUACAAUAGCAAAAACAACACUAGCUUUAAUGGAUAACAGACUAGUAAAAAUUGUAAUUAGAAUAUUAUUCCUUUAAAAUUAUAGAAUCCUCCUCAAUUAAACAUCUAAAAUCCACUAAUUUCAUAACGUUCACGUGUCAGUACAAUGGAAGGAUAUGAAAGAAAUCAAUGUGAAAAUCCUUAAACUCAUAAUAAUCAAAAGUUAUCUAAUUUAUAAAUUUACCGUCAAAACAAUAUUUCAAAAUCAUCAGAUACCACUUCUACUAACCAAUAUUACUAAAACUUAAACUUAAUAACCAACUAAACCAAUAUUUGUGGAUAAGCUUAAAAUUUUAAUAGCAAUAAAAAUGUUGUGCCCUUCAAUUAAUCUUAUUACAAAAGGUAAUAAUAACAACAACAGUAAUAAUAAACAGUAAAAUUCACAAAAAACUUAAAAUAGUUGAAUUUUAAUUGUCUUAAUUAUAUCAGAAAAUAUAAGGAAAUUAUAGAGCUAUAAAUAGUUCCAUUUAUGUAAAAAAUCCCUCAUGACGACAUUUUAGAACACCAAAAUGCCUAUAAGUAAUCUUUACUAAUAAUGAGUGACUAAGUUGAUAUUUCUAGCUAAGAAGACUUGUAAAACUUCUAAGAUUUUCUUUCAUUACGCUCUAAAAACAUUUACAACCAAUUUUUAUCUAAGUAUGGUAUAAUGCUCUAAAUUUGA